GUGUCGUCGCGAUCGUACGCGGCAGGAUCCUCUCCUGGCGUUUGGUGACCUAUCGAAAGUCGAGAAAACCACGGGAAUAGGCACGUGCACGCAACUAAUUGUUAUUCGAGGUGUACCGUAACGAAACCGGAAAAACUUACAGCGGAUACCUGGGCGAGGAGGAAGGAUGUGCAACCAUGACCACCUGUGAAUGGAUUUAGAGGAGCGACCGUAGAGACCCUCCAGUGUCGUUUUUUUUCUAUCCUCGAAUCCUUUUUUUCCCCCCAUUCCUAUUUUCUUUUACGUUUUUUCGUUCUUUUCUUUUUUGUGUGCGUCGAAUUGGCUCGCGUCGACGACCGCGUCGCUGCUGAAGCCUGUUGACGCGAACGUUUCUGGUAAUAUGAUCGAUGACUAUUUGAUGUCUUGAAACGAAUCGGCAUGAAAUAUUUGAAAGUUGUUCUGUUCACGUUCAACUUGUUAAUAUGGUUGGCCGGGUGUACGGUACUCGUUAUAGGGGCAUGGUUGCUGUUGGAGCCGAGCAAAGGCCACCUCUUAAAUCUUUUCGUACCUGACGCCACGCCGCACGUGACUAUUAACCUAAUAGCUUACAGUUUACUCGGUCUUGGCUCCACGGUGUUUGCAGUCGGUUUCUUCGGAUGUCGAGCCGCGUCGCGUGGAAAUCAAUGCAUUCUGGCUACCUACAUGAGCAUGCUGGUCGCUCUGAUCGUCACGGAAUUGGUCACCGCCGCUGUCGGCGGAAUAAUGACGUUCCGAAUACUGUCCGGAUUAGAACAGAGGCUCAUUAGCAAAUUGGCCGACAACUAUGGCCACGAACCAACCAGCGAUAUCCCCUUUACCCGUAGUCUCGACUUCGCGCAGUACAAGUUUAAUUGCUGUGGAAUACAUGGAUACGCGGACUACAAUGGCACGGCCUGGUGGAGAGACGCGCAAAUUUCAGGAAGCAGAAGGCAGGUCCCUCUCACGUGCUGCGUUUUAAAAAAUACCGAGGUAAAAAAUACAGGAAGUCCGAUGAGCGUCGUGUCAAGAGUGUUUCAUAAAAAUACCGAGAAACCGUGGCUGAAUCCAAAACCGAAGGACGAGACAGCGUGUCAAGUGGAAGACAAAGAGGGUCACGAAGGAUAUCGACAUAAAGAGGGUUGUCUCGAUAAAAUCACCAGUUGGCUGGAGUGUGAGAGUUUCACUUUAGUGUUUCUGGGCAUGGCAAUGGCUGGCAUACAAACGUUCGGCAUAAUAACCUCGGCUUUCCUUUGUCGAACGAUAAGAGACAUGCAAGUGGAUUGAGACGAUAUCCGCGGCGCGAGCACAAAGCAGAAAGGAAAUUAAUUUCAGGUUCCCCGUUGGAGUCGCGACGAUUGCAGAUGCGUUGUUUUAAAUUGCAUCCGUUCGCUUCCGACGAUUUUCCGACUAGAAACAUUCGACGAAGCGAACAACGAUAUGCACUCGAUAAUAAGUGGUCGUUGCGAACCAGGUUUCGUAAACGAGGAAGGACGAUGUUUUAGGGUUUGUGAAGCUUGUUGUAAGAUAGAAAAGCUGUGCUUGCUCGGAAUCUUCUAAGCCAUUCCCGUCCCUUAUGUGUGUUUCAUUGCGAAAUAUCGUACCAAUUCGAAUAAGAACGAAAUAUCUAUUACUCUGUACAUAGACGUUAUUCUCUUCGUGUUCACUCCGGUUACGAAUGCCAGAAAAUUAUCGUUUACUCCGUAAUUUAUCACGAAGAUGUCAACCAUCGCGCCGACGACCUCAUUGAAUAUAAAGUAACCGAGUAACUUUAAUAUUGGGAAUAAAUCGAGACUCGCGGAAGCAUUCGUAACAUGUUUGGAUUUGAGGAAAAGAAAUUAAUUUGUACACUUUCGUUGAUCGUUAAAUUCAAACUACAAAAAUCUUUGGGCCCUUUACAAGGUAUUUGAAAAAGUUAGCUAUUUGUAAUAAGUUAAAUAUUCUCUGUUUCCAGCGUUCGACUAGAAUAUUGGGCGAAAUAUUUUUAUUUCAGUUGCGGGGAUCGAGGAGAAAUGUAUAUCUUUAUUAAAAUGUGUCAAAGUUAAUAAUGUUAAAGUUACUCGCCGUACAAGACGAUCUUUAAAUCGAGAGAAAUAAAAUCGUGGUAAGGGAGCUAACAAAAAUAUUUUCACUUUCUCUGUCACCGUCGUGAUUUAUAUGUAUACAUUGGCACCCGCAUAUGUUCGAAACGACCUUGUGACUUUUUACUGAGAAAAAAAAUAUCCGUCAAAGAGUGAAUGUACGCAGUAACGAUGUACAUGUAUGUGUGUGGUAGAAAUUGAUAGCUGCCUAUCGAUCGCUUGUAAAAACAACAAAAUAACGAGAUGCACGUUCCAAUAAAAAUUAACGGGAAACGCAUCCCCUCUACCAUAGUCUGUACAAUGCCAGCAAGAAGGUGUUUUUAUGUUCGUGAGUAACCAUGAUGACGACAAAAUCUGUUACAAUAACUCGUACCAAGUGAAAUUGUACCUUCCUGUAAGCGAAUCUGACUUUGUUACGCGUUUAUUUUCUUAUGACAUUUGUUGGAAAACGUUUUCGGCGUGUUCGUAAAUAAUAUAGUAGGGAAAAGAAAAAACAAUAAAAUCACCGCUCUCUGCAAAC